AUGGCAGGCAGCUGUCUUCUCCCAGCUGUUGCUCGAAGGUUGGAAGGGAAGGUAGCUUUGAUCACUGGAGGGGCUACUGGUAUUGGCGAGUGUAUAGCCAGGAGCUUUUGCAAACAUGGAGCUAAAGUAAUAAUCGCUGAUAUCCAAGACAAUUUAGGUGAAUCGGUGUGCAGAGAACUCGGAGCCAAUUUGGCUGUAUUCGUGCAUUGUGAUGUAACAAUAGAAUCUGAUGUUGAAGAGGCAGUAGACAUCGCAAUCUCCACAUUUGGAAAGCUCGACAUAAUGGUGAACAAUGCAGCUGCAAUUGAUCCAUGGAAACCUAGCAUUGUCAACAAUGACAUAGCCGAUUUUGAGCGAGUGGUGAAAGUUAACCUGAUAGGAGUUUUCCUGGGAACCAAACAUGCUGCUCGAGUGAUGAUUCCUUCUCGCAAAGGUAGCAUAAUUACAAUAGGAAGCGUUUGUUCUAGCAUAGGUGGGGUUGCUACUCACGCAUACACCAGCACAAAACAUGCUACUGUGCGUCUUGCAAAGAAUGUUGCCGCAGAACUUGGUCAAUUUGGGAUUCGAGUGAAUUGUUUGUCACCUUACUUCAUUGCAACGCCAUCGGCGAAGAACUUCUUCAAAAUGGAUGAGGAUGGAGUCUGUAGAGGUACUGUAUACUCAAAUCUUGAAGGGGUUAAACUUGAAAAAGAAGAUGUAGCUGAAGCUGCGAUUUAUUUAGGGAGCGAUGAGUCUAAAUAUGUAAGCGGGCAUAAUUUAGCUUUGGAUGGAGGUUUUACCACCAUUAAUCCAGCUUUUGGCGUGUUCUCUCGCUCAAUAUAA